CACCAGAGGAGGAGGCGCUCUGAGCAUCCUUGCAAAGAGCUUAGUUUUUGCGCCUGCAUCUUUCUCUCUCUCUCCUGCUUCCUUCUCCCUGGGCAUCCUUGUUUUGGGGGGAGACCUCUGAAGACCCAGCCCCCUAUUUGCUCCCCUCCCCUUGCCAGGAUCUGACCCCCCCACUUUGAAGCCACCAUGGCCGUCGAGAAGGAGAAGAAGACCUGCGGGCAAGUGAUGACGGAGUGGAAGGAAUUUAUCUGGAACCCGCGCACGCAUCAGUUUAUGGGGCGCACCGGGAGCAGCUGGGGUGAGCCUGUCUUGUCUGGGGUUUUUUUGUGGGGGGGGCGCACGCAGGCAGGGAGUGGGGGGGCCUGAUCCUGCAUCUUGAGGCUGCCCGCCGCCUCCUCCUUCCCCAAGGCAGGAUUUAAUGACAAGAUAGUUCAAGGACUCCUAGCCAAGGGAGAUUAUUUAAAGGGGGAGAUUAGUGGAGAUGGGGGGGGUGGAGACAGAGAACAGGGCCACGAAAGGGAUUAUUUUAGGGAUGGGGGGGCGACUAUGAGAGCCAAAAGCAAAGUUUUGGCUGAAAAUCGGGGUCCCUCUCCUUGGAAAGGAGAUUCUGAAUAUUCUCAUGUCUCCCCCUUAUUUUAUUUCUUUAAUAAUAAAAUAAAAUAAAAGGGGGCAUCGCCCAUGAGAUUUUCUAACCUGGGUUUUUGAAAUAGGGGGGUGCUUUGGGGAGGGUUAUGUAAGGGGGAGUUUUGUGAUGGGGGGCGGUCUUUCUGGAGGGGGAAAAUGGGAAAUUUCUCUAGCAGAUCUCAGAGUGCUUUGGUGGGGGGACUAGAAAAAAAAGGAGGGGGUUGUGAUGGGUGAUGCGAUCCUGAAAGGGGGGGGGCAUGCAGAUAUGGAGGACUGCUGGGGUGGCCCCAGGGAAACUGCAGACCUUGAGUAAGAUAGGAAAUGCAAGGGGGAAAUUGGGUUUCGUGUGGAUUUUGUUUGGGGAGGGUGGUUAAUAUGGAAAGGGUCCUUAUGGGAAAUUUCAGUAGGGGGUUAUUAGGCGUCUAUGUUAAAAAAAUACAAUAAAAAUCUAUAUAUGUUAUAGAUUAGUGUUUAGGGUGGAAGAAAAGCAGGGAGACUGGAAUUCAAACAGGGCCCCAUUCUAAAAUAAUUCUCAAUUUUUGAAUUUGAAGGAGGGGGGGUGAGAUGAUCUAAGUCCUUGAAUAGCAGCCAAGGCUGUACCCUAAAAAGGAAAGGGGGAAAAAACCAUAUUGGGUUAUUUACACCCUGGGCAAAGCACCCCCCCAAAAAAAACCCCCAUCGCCACCCAGGCCAUGAAGUGAAAUUUGAAGAUGGAUAAAACUGGAUUUCCCCUGGGAGUCUGUUCUGCAUUUGUGGGGUAGAAUGGAAAGGGGAGAGGAUCUCGCCUUUGCAAUGUUCUAGAAGGCAGGUUGAUAAACAGGGGAGGGGGGGUGUAUCUGGUUCUUUGGUCAAAGAUUGACCUCAACCCCCCCCCCAAAAAAAAACCACACACAAACAUAACCUACAAAAUGGAGAGAUACGAGACUAUUAGACAUGCACCGGUCAUGAAUGCAGGUGCAGAAGAGAAUUAAUUUUGGAGAUCUUGCUGCAGUUUUUGCAAAUUGGGAGGGGGGACAGCACCCCUUGGAGAAAGCAGAUUGGGGGGAGGGAUGUGUGUGUGUAUAUUUGACAGAGCUAAAAGACCCCAAUUUGAAAGGAGAACAGAUCAGAGCGUGGAGGCUGCCCAGGAAACAAAAUCAUUAUAUGCUUUGAAGAAAAAAAAUUGGGGGAGCAUUUGCUGUGUUUGGGGGGGGGGAGGAGAAGUGGGGUGCCUAGGGAGUCACUGCAUCCCUGAAGAUUGGGGGGCCCCCGAUCAUUUGCUGAGGAUGAGAGGCGAUAUUAAAUGUGUGUGGGAAAUGUUGCAGUAAUGACAGAGUGGAAUAGGCCUGAAAAAUAUAUAUAUUUUUGUGGGGGGGCCUUAUAGUCCCAGCGAUCAGGUCCUGUAUAGGGUCUGUGUCCCCCCAAAAAGGGCAGAGAUUGUAUGGGGCUUUCUGUUUCCUGAUGUUCUUGUUUUUUGGGGGGGUUGAUGGUGGGCUCUCUCCUCCCCCAGCCCCCAAUUUUUAAUAUCGAUUGAUGCAGGGAAGAAGGGUGUUGUAGGCAACAGCAGAGGCCAGAGCAGCAGGAAAAGUAGGUCAUUAUUUUCCUUCUGUGGAGUUGGCUUGCGAGGCCCCCUCUCUCCCCCCCCCCCACCGCCUGCCCAGUCUGUCAACAAGCUCGCGCCCCCCCCCCCCAGUCUCCUGGCACCAGAGAGGAGGGGGCUUCUCACAGCCUCUGUCGCUUUGUCCUGCUUCGAAAAAUAAUCAGGCUUGCAAAACGUUGAUUAAAAUGCCCCCCUUUGGCAAAAUGCUGGUUUGCUGGCAAACCUUUCCUUGCUUCCCAUCCUCUCUGUCUUGCGCCCCCCCUCCAUAAAAACUAGAUGCGUACCUAGAUCUGCUUUGAGCAAUGAACCCUCCCUUCCAAUGGUGACCCCCUUGAUCUGUGAGACAGUUGAUUUAUAGAUCUCUCUAUCUCCCUGCCCACCCCAGCAAGCUGACAUUAUGAGAUUUCCUCUUCAAACCACCCGUGUAAAUGUGGCCAGGCCUUUCUAGAUCUCCCACUGCAGAUUCUUGAAUUCUCCCCUUUCCAGACUUUCUACCCCCCCCUCCAAGUCUGUGUACCUCUUGAUCCCCCCCCCCAAUUUUACCCACCUUACUGGCAGCCCCAAGUCGCCUUUUUGGGGAUUGCAACAAUAUGUAGAUGGCUGGGAAGCGAGGUGGUGGUUCAAACUGGGAAAGGGGCAGCUGAAUAAUUUCUGGAGGGUGAGAGGGAAGAAAAUUUGGGGGGGGGGGCAUAGAGAAGGACUUCCCACCGUUUGACAGAAGUCCAACCUUUGGGUCUGUCGCAUUGCAACUCCUGAGGAACCUGGCAAGCUCUCCUUCUCCCUUGGAAACCUUGUUUGCCUGUGGGAAAAUUCCUUUCCCCAAAGCUUGCAACCUUUCUGUCAGGCUCUGGCCCCCUCCUUGCAACCCCCCCCCCACAAAUCUGCCCCCUCCCGCCCUGCUUUUGUCAAAUCCCACAAGUCUCCCACUCUCCUAAACUCGAAUCUCUUGCAGUUUUCCUUGCCAGAAAAUUGCAGCAUCUGGUUCAACAGCAGCCUUUUCCCUGCUCUGUUUUAUUUUUUGGGGGGGGGGGUCAUCCCCUUUGAUUGCGAACCAAAGCUGCGUUGAUAAUCUGGUUCCCCCUCCCCCCCCCCUCCACCCCCCACCAAUUUAUUGCAAUUUAUGACUCUCUGCUUUUGUGCACUCUUGAGACCCGGCGACGUGCGGAGCGGUUUUGGGGGAACAAGACGGCCCCCCCCCCCCGAUCCUGGCUUGCAUUUCACUGCAGAAAGCUGAUGGCACUUCACCCCCGCUGCAGUAGCUGAUCCUGAUCCGGCGUGUGGGGGAAGGAAGGAAACCAGGCCAAGAUCUGACAGCACUUUUUUUGUGGAGGGGGGUUUCCAUCUUGGCUCGGCUCGGGGUUCAGUUGCCUUUGGCGCUGCGGAGCGAAGACGUUGGCAAGCGGUGUGGAGAAGAGAGAGUUGGCGCAGCUUUUCGCCCUGCCUAAUACAGUUGGCGGAGGAGACAUCGCUGCCUCGAUUUCUCCAUGGGGCAAAAGGCGGUCUUGUGGGGAAGGGGGCACCAUUCCCACAUACUUCUUUGGAAAAAGCAUUUUAGCGGCAGGUGAAAGGAUGCAAGCUUCGCUUGCGGGGUUUAUUUUAGGGGGGAGAAGCAGUUAUCUCUGUAAUAAGGUGAUGGUUCAGGAACCUCAUCGGUCACAGAUAUGCCCCCCAUCCCAUGCCAAUGUCUGGGGGGGGAGGGAAAUGGUACCCACUGGUGCCAGGAAGUGGAGGAAACAGCAGCAGGAAGAUGGGUUUUGGUGCAGAAUGCAGGCAGUCAAUAUUGGGGACCCCAAAAAUUGGGGUUCUCCUUAGGCAAAAGAGCAGGGAUGGGUGAGCCUGAAAGAGUUAUGGGGUCUUCUCUAGGGUGGAAACGAGGCCUGAUAUUUCAGCAUUGGGUGAGGGAGAGAGAGACCCACACAACAAGCAAUGGGUGCUCAGGAUUUUAAGCUGAGAUGUCUAGUUGUGGGUGUUUUGGGGGGUGAAAAGGAUCUCAGGGGGACGGUAGGAGGCCUGAUCUGAGGGCUGGACAUUUCUGGGACGAGAAGAAGGGCAGUGGGGGCUGGAUUUGGCAGGAUUUGGCCAACCAUGGGGAGGCUGGGAGGGGAGACAGGACAAGGCAGGUGCUUAAAUGUAGCAAAGAGAGAGAGGAUGUGAAGGAAGGGGGUAAAAGGGGGCAGCUUUUACAUUGGGGGGCUGGAUAAUUUAAAGGGGCUGUUUAGAGGGCAGGGGAAGAGACUGUGGAUUCUUCGAGGGAGUAAGAAACCCAUCAUUUUUUAAAUUUUGUAAUCUCAUUUCUGCUCGUGGGAAUAUAAAAUAUUUUUAUUUUUUUUGAGGGGGUGGGAGUUUUUUGGGUGGCAGGCAAAGCCAAACGCCAAAAGGAGGAGCAGACACAUUUCUCACAAAAACUGCCAGGGAUGGGUCUUCCAUGUUCUGCCUUAUAUCCUGGGUUCUACAAAGGUUAUAAAUGCAUUUUUUAAAAAAUUAAAAGGCUGGGGAUCUGGGGGUUGUGUGUGUGUGUUUUUGGGGGACGGGCAGAAUGCCCCCUUGCUCCCCCUCUGUGGAUGCCCAUAUUUCUUUUGCUAUAAAUGCCUGUGUGUUUUGGAGAGAGAGCAAGAACUCCAGACACAGCAAACAGGAUUAUCUCUUGUCUGUCAGCUCAGCUUUGGCUUGCAAGGCCCAGAGGUUCUGGGGUUAAUGUCUUGCAAGCUGCAGGUUUGCUCUCUCUCUCUGUGUGUGUGUGUCAUUGGAGAGGGUGCUUCAGAAAUGCACUUUAUUACUUAUUUAUUCCACUGGCAUCCCAACGGUCCUUUUUUUUUUCUUGCUCCGGAGAGCUCAUCGAUUUCCCCCUAUUCAAUUCCACAACAGCCCUGCCAGGUAAGCUGGGCCCAGAAGGACAGUGACUGGCCCAAGGUGGCUGAAUGGGGAGGGGAUUUGAACCCUGCUCUUGUGUAGUCCGACUCUCUAACCACUACACCGCACUACUUGGUGCCUAUGGAGGUGAUGGGAUAUCCAGUUCCAGGCUUGGCUCUUGAGUAACUUUAAGCAUUGGCUAACACCCUGGAUGUGAGCUUUGCUCUGUCUUGUCUCUGUGCGUUGAAAAAACGCCGCAGGAUUUGUGCGAGGGUGACCCCUAGACCCUGCUGCCAGGAGUUGCUUAUUUUAACACUCAGCUGGGGGGCAGGUUGUGCUGUGGGUUCCUGGGGGGCAGCUGGAUAAGAAUUUGCCCUGAGAUUUGUUGAGUUUGUUUCUUUGAAUUGCCUGGCGAAUUUCAAACAUACAGGGAUGUAUCUUAAACAAAGCAUUGGGCAGCUCUGAUAUUAUCCUAACUGUCUCCAUAUUUUCGUACACAAGUUUGAGGCUCCUGUGCACAAACACACAAUGUUUCUGUCCCUCCUAGCCUCUGUUUACUUUCUGACUUGUGCCGAAUUGUGUCUCUUGAUGGUUCCUUCUGAUAGCCUACUUAUUCCAUCUGCGUGGCCUACAUUGAAUGAAUGUGUUGCAACCUGGAUCUGGGAUUCCUGUGGGUCAGAUUCUCUCGCCGGGUGGAGUCUCUAGCUAGUCACUUCCUCUUGGCCUCAGUUCCCCAAUCUGCGAAAUGGCACCAGCGACCCACUUCAGUAAAUUACACAGUAAACGGAGAGCUCCGCUGACCUGAGUUGGGAGUCAUCUUUGGGAUUAAUGCAACUGCUUAUUUCCACAAAGGGGCCUGUGCUCGGACGUCUUAGGAGACCUAGGUGUAAACUUUGAGUAAAUCCUGUGCAAUUCUAGAGAACGGCUUGGAUCCCACCUGGCUUUAUAUGUCAGGCCGAAGGCUUCAGUUUGCAAGCCCAUGGCCUGGACUCUGGGCUUUUUUCCUUCGCUAACUGUUUUGGGAGACUCUCCUUGUCUUAAAUAAUGAGAUAAGGAAUAGUUGGAAGUUAAUAAUAAAUAAAAAACCCUAAUCAUUGGCUCCUGGGGGAUUAAAAAAAACAACCACCCGGUUACUUGAAUGUUCCACCAUGUUGUCAGCAGUAUUUUAGUCAAUUACAAAUUAGCAGAGUGGCUGUAAAGUUGACCACCUUUUGCACUUUUCGGGGGCUUCCAACUGAUUAUGAAUAUCCCCCCCUUCCUCCAUGCAUCCCCUUUUGAAGCCCACCCCCAAGUUGUUGGCCAUCUUGUGGCAGGGAGUUCCAUAGUUCAGCUAUGCACCGUGAGAUUAAGGGCCCUGCCCAUUGCGAACUCCUUGUGCCUCCUCGAAUUUGAGUGGUUCUCCCCUCGCAACUCCUGCCACCCCACACUUUCUCCUCCCUAAAGUGGAAGAAUCCCGAAGAUUUGAAAAACCGAAUAGCUGGGAAUCUGUGGAUUUAGGGAGGUGAAAGUGCAGGGAAGCAGGAGGGAGGAGAACGAGGGUGAAUUAAAGGAGACACAGAUGGGUUCAUAAUCCACAUUAAGCAGAAAGGUACCACUGAGGGAGAGCAACUGUGGCCGUAGCACAGGCUUCCUCAACCUCAGCCCUCCAGAUGUUUUGAGACUACAAUUCCCAUCAUCUCUGACCACUGGUCCUGCUAGCAAGGGAUCAUGGGAGUUGUAGGCCAGAAACAUCUGGUGGGCUGAGUUUGAGGAAGGUAGGUUUGCCUAGCAGUAGAGGAGAGGAAGGGGAUGAUAUUAGGGGCAGGUCUGCUUUGGCCAGCGCUGGGACUUUUCAGCGAAAAAUAUACAGUACUUACUCGAAUCUGGGAUUUAGAGGUUGUGGCCUGGGAAGCGUUCAAAACAUGCCUGGCGCAUUUUGCCAUUGGCCACUUGCGACCAAAUUAAAAUCUUCAUUUUUGGAGUUUCAGGCAGGGAGGGUAUCUCCUAGCCGGAUCGGGAGGUUAUCGUAGAAUUGGGAUCCCUGAGGGUCAUCUAGCCCAACCCCCCGCCAUGCAGGAGUUUUUCGUCCAAUGUGGGGCUUGAACCCACAACCCUAAGAUUAAGAAUCUCUUGCUCUACCAACCAAACUGUCAAAGACUGAUCCCGGGACCUUUUGCAGACACUGCACCCCUGGCCCUUUAGCAUGCAACAAGCUAAAGGAGUGUUAAAACACGCUAAAGGUGUAUCAAAGAUUUGGGGGGGUUUGGGGUUCAGUCCAAGCCCCCCUUUUCAAUUCCCUGGCCCUAAAGCCUGCCUGCCAUGUAUAUCCCAGCUGCCCUCUUGCUGAACCUCGUGGGAUAUCUGGCGACUGUGCCGAAGUGUGUGUGGGGGCCAUCUCUGGUUUCCUUCGCUUCGUCAAUCAUCUAAUUAAAUUGGCACAACGCCCUAGCGAGGCAGGCAGGUGCUGCAGAGGAAAAUUUCGGGAUGGGCAAAAGACGUUACGGUUUCGUAGGCGUUUCAAAGGCAGGGCAGACAUAAGGCGGUAGCAAUUUGCAAGCUCUUUUUCUGGAGCGGCCUUUGUCAAACCGGCGCUUCUUUUGGGAUGUGACACAGGUGUGCUGGCUGCGGCUGAUGGGAGUUGUAGUCCGAAACCACCCUGUUUAGCUGGGGUCUGGUGGGAGUCGUAGUCGGGUAUAGAAAUGAGCUAGGCGUGUUUUGCGACUGGCGUGGGUCCAAUUGCGACCGCCGGCUGACCGGCUGGCGACUGCAAAAUGUCUUUUAGAGGAGGGUUUGAAAUAUUUCACUUGAAGUUGUUGGUUUUUUUUUUCUAUUUUAUUUUAUUAAAUGUUACAAAAAAAUGAAUAGAAAAAAAAUAAAUAGAAUCAAUACAUAACCAUAGAUAAAAACAUUUUAUCUACCCAGUUUUCCAGAAUGCAAACUAGAAAAGAAAGACAAAAGAUAAAAGAAAGAAACAAGAAAAAAAAUAGUCAACUUCAUAUGAAGUUGUUUUAAUCUGGAUUGUGUUAUGUGACAUUUUUGUGUGUUUUUGUGUGACAUUUUUGUGAGACUUGUUCUUUAAAAUAUAAAGCAGUAUAGAAAUGAAAUAUAAAAUAAUAAUAAUAAUAAUAAUAAUAUAAUAAUAAAUAAAAAUAUUCCUUGAGAUAACUUGCUGUGGCAACCGAAACCUAGCUUUAAGGUUUGCGAUUAGCCUAUAUACUUGAGUUUCUAAUGCUGUCAUAGUCCAAAAUGGCAGUUUUGGGUGGAGGCUGGUGAGUCCCAAUAGCCCUGGAGGGCGCCACGUUGGCAAAGGCUGUUCUACAAUAUUCAUUUGCAGGCCUGUCUAAGAACAGCAUCCCCUCUGGCAGAGGGGAGCAUGAGGUGGGGAUCUGAUAAGAAAACAGAAUGGGGGUCAAUUCUAAUGGCUACAGUUUUUGGACCUCACUGCCUGACUUUCUUUCCUCAAUUUAAUCUAUUUUUUUCCCUGCCCCUUCCAGCUCUGAUCCUGCUGUUCUACCUUGUCUUCUACGGCUUCCUCACGGCUCUCUUCACCCUCACGAUGUGGGUUAUGCUGCAGACGGUGGACCAGUUCAAUCCCAAAUACCAGGACCGCCUCUCCAUCCCAGGUGAGGCCUUGGCUUGCAACCUUGCGUGCAGAUCGCGCGCAAAGUCCCCGCAGGCAGAAAGCAGGCAGAAAGCAACAAGGAGAGCGGCUCUAGCCUGGCGUUCUCCCUGAGGUGUUAGCUUUCUGCUUGAAGGGUGGUUUUCCAUAGCUGUCAACUUACAGAUUUGAAAAUAAGGGACCAGCAGCCUCGAGAAUAAGGGAUCAGCAGCCAAAAUAAGGGAUCAACAAUUACUUUGAUAAAAUACAUAUUUUGUUGCGUGCAAAUGGCUUUAGAUACCUAUUAGGUCCAUAAAUGACCAUAGAGCAUAUAUUCAACACAAAAAAACAGCAGCAAUUUGUUGUUGACAAAGCACAGCUGGACAUAGAAAGGGCCCCAUUACCUUCAGUAGCUUAUUUAAGAGACAUCAUCAAUAAGGGACAGCAGCGGGACAUGGCGCUGGGAUAAGGGACUGUCCCGCCAAAUAAGGGACGCUUGACAACUAUGUGGUUUUCACAUAAGUAGUGCUGUGUGGAGAGGGGCAUGUUUAAAUGGUUUUGCAUGAGGCACUGGUGUCUAAAGAAGUGCCUUUGAAGAAUCAUAGAGUUGGAAGGGACCCCUGCGGUCAUCUAGUCCAACCCUCUGCAAUGCAGGAAUCUCAGCUUAAGCAACCUUGGCAGAUGGCCAGCCAGCUUGCACUAGGAACUGCACUGAUGUGCAGAAUCUGGCUAGGGUCGUUCAUUGAACUCUGUACAUGCUCAGAGACGUGGGUGUUCUCAGGGGAAAUGUCCCCCUGCCGCCCCACGGUACCACCAAAAUAGAAAAGAAGGCUAACACUUUGGACUUAAAAGCUGGUUUUGAAAGUCGCUCCCUCUUGCAUGGAGCCCUGGGAGGGGAGGUUGAAGCUGUUAAACGGGCUAUUCUUGGCACUCUCACAAACUACAACCCCCAGGAUCCUUUGGGGCAAGUCCUGGCCGUGUACAGGAAUGUGUAAACCCAGUGUGGAUAUGCCCAGCUGUUUGCUAAACUGGCUUAAAUUAGGAGCUCCCCGCUGGUCUUUGUCACAGAUGAGGGGCUUGCUGGGGCCAUCUAAUAAUAAUAAUAAUAAUAAUAAUAAUAAUAAUAAUAAUAAAUUUUUAUUUAUACCCCACCCUUCCCAGUUCAGAAAACCGGGCUCAGGGCGGCUAACAACAAAUUUAAAACACUUAAUUGAUGCAACAAAAACAGCAUAAAAUACAGUAUAAAACAUGAAUAACAAUAAAUUCAGAAUUCAAAAAUCAAUUUAGGGGGGAAAGCCAUCCAAUAAACAUUAGAUGAUCACCAGGGCUAGCUGGCUAAGUUAGUCCUAUUUGGGCCGGCGAGGAGACCGGGGGAGAAUUAGCUGUGGGUAAUCUUCAUAAAAAGGGGAGGGGGAGGGAAGGAAGGGGAAUAAAAGAUCAGGCUAAGUUCAAAUUGAAAUCCAGAAGGAACUCUUACAGGCCUGGCGGAAGGAGGUUAAAUCCUGCAGGGCCCUGGUCUCAUGGGACAGAGCAUUCCACCGGGUCGGAGCCAUCACUGAGAAGGCCCUGGUGGAGGAUAAUCUGACUUCCUUAAGGCCCGGGACCUCUAAACUAUGGUUAUUCAUGGACCUUAAGGUCCUCUGCGGGGCAGACCAGGCAAGUUUCUGGUCCUCAGGGAGGAGUGUGGGCAGGCGGAGCUCCAAAACUCAACCAUUUCUCUCUUUUUCUCCCUCCCUGCCUUGCAGGCGUGAUGAUUCGCCCCAAGACGGACGCGCUGGACAUCACUUACAACAUGAGCCAGACUGAAUCCUGGGAGGAAUACGUGAGGAUGCUAAAUAAGUUUUUGGAGGGUAAGUAAGAUGGGGGAAGGAGCAACACCUUUCUCCUCCCCCCCUGGCCUUUCUGCCCAAUGAUGCUGAUUAACCACUUAAUUAGGGAAGGAACGGCUGCACGCCCCCUUUUCCCAAGCUUCUGCAACAUUCCCUUUCUCGUCGCCGGAAGUUGUUGGACUACAACUUCCAUCAUCCAGGGUCCUGGGAGGAAUGGAUGAUGGGAGUUGUAGUCCAACAGCACCCGGGAACCCAAGUUUCAGAGGGGCUGGGGCAAGCAUGCGCAGCUGAGGCCCCCUAGAGGUGGCAGGUGUGAAAAACGAGCUGGGCGCAUUCACCAGCGGAACUCCUUGCUGGGUGAAACUCCACGGUGCCCUUGAAUCCAGGUUGCAUAGAUCUAUAUAAUCACCCGCCUUCGGUUUCUUCCAAGGGGCUUUCCACUCUCUUAUAAAAUCAGACGUAAUUUAAAACAUACCGGAAUUCUUUGCGGAUUGUUAAUUGGAGACGGGGGUGUCUGCCUGGCGCUAUGUGGGGAAGAGGCGGCAGAACCAGAGAGUGGAUUUGCAAAGAUCUGAGCAGUGCAGGAAACUAGACUCCAAGACGGUGUCCAUCUAGGCCAGUGCUGUCUACACUGACUGCCAGCAGCUUUCCAGCUUUCAGACGAGAAACGAAACCAUAAAAUAGCCGCAUAGAACAAGUGCAUUUGCAAGUAGUUUAAAAUACCAAAGUCCCAAGUAAAAGGCUAUCUUAUUAUCAAGUCUAGUUUCAGAUUUGCCAGGCUUGUCUUGGAAAUGACUGUUCCUCUGUAUAUCUAAUAAAAGAAUGCCAAAUCUUAUUAAAAGGUGUCUGGAGGAUGCAGCCCUUGUCGAAAUCUCAAAUUGUGUGUCAUUUUCUCCAUUAGAUCUGUAUGCCAGAGCAAUGCAAGGAUAAUACUAACCUCUGGAGGGUCAUUAUCAGGAUUACAGCUGCAUAAUUUAGACGUGCUGCUUUUUAAAAAGGGUCUCGCUAUAAAAACGCAGUGUGCUUUUUGGAGCUGGUGCUGCAAGGAUUAUUUAGCCUUUUUUGAUCUGUGCUUCAGUAGACACCUGGACUGUCGAUUCCCACAUGUUAGGGGAUGGAGAACGACUUCAAAGACACGGUUUCUGCACCACAAAUAGCCCCCAACAAACCUCAUUAAGAUUGAACCUGGGCUAUUUGAUCUGUCCCAUCAUGGUUUUUAAAUUUCGUUUUAUUCCGUGUACGGUGGUGCACCUGCAGUCCUUCCAGAUGAUAUUUUGUGGCCAGCCUUUAUUUAUUCGCCUCUUCCUACAAAACAUUUUUUACAUGGGGAGAUGUGGAGGCAGCUGGCCCUGUCUUGGAUGUGUUUUUAAAAGGGGGUUGGAGGGAAAAUAUUAAAUAAAUUCAAUAACAACAAUGGCCUACAUUUGCACUAAUCAAAUGAAAAUCAUGGGAACUGUAGUUUACCCCUCAGAGAACUACGUUUCCCAGGAUUGGGGGGCUUUGGGUAUAUGAGCUUUAAAAGAAGCUUGGGCCUGCCGCUCAGCUCUUGGCCUAACCUCACAGGGUUGUUGUGAAGCAUAAAACAGGGCUCCUUGGACGAAAAGUGAGAUCAAACGUAAAAAUAAACAAAACAGGUUUUUUUUAAAGUACCCUCGCUCGGUUGUUGCGCCAGAAUUGUCUUCUGUGGAGUCUCAAAAGGGUCUUUCCCUUUGGAAUAUAUGAAAAAGGCUAUAAUGCAAAGCUGUGCGAUAAAACCAUAGCUAUAUAAACAGUAAAAUGAGAACGAUUGGAAGUUUUAAGCAUAAGUUUUUAUUUGACGGAUAUGCUUUGGUAUAAAUUUUUGGCUUUUUCUUUUUAUCUUUUUCUUUUGUCUUGAUUUUUCUUUCUCUAUUUCUCUCUUUUAUAUUUACCUUCGUUGUAAAUGAUCAUCUGUAUUUUAAACUAAUAAAGAUUUACCAUGAAAAAACAUAAUCAAAAGGGUCUUUCCCUACCGUGGAACUCCCUGAGACUGGGUCAAGGAGAUGUUCUAUUGCCGAGCUACGUUUUCCUCCUGCUGCAUCGCCGGGGGUUGGACUAGAUGACCCCCGGGGUUCCUUUUCAAACUCUUACGAUUCCUCCUUCUCUUCUAGCUUAUGACAACGCCAAGCAGGUGGCCAGCAACCGGGACUGUAUCCCGGGGCAGUACAAUGAGCAGGUGGACAAUGGGGUGUUGAAUUACCCGAAGACGGCGUGCCAGUUCAACCGCACCAUGUUGGGCGACUGCUCGGGCCUCAACGACACCACUUAUGGGUACCGGGACGGGCGCCCCUGUAUCCUCGUCAAGAUGAACCGGGUAGGCUAAGAAGCCCUGACUCCUCUCUUGUCAGUUGAGGGUCUGUUCAGUCUGCAGAAGGCAAUAAUAACAGUUUAUAAUAAUUUAUUGGGACGUGGGUGGCGCUGUGGGUUAACCCACAGAGCCUAGGGCUUGCCGAUCAGAAGGUCGGCGGUUCGAAUCCCCGCGAUGCGCUGAGCUCCCAUUGCUCGGUCCCUGCUCCUGCCAACCUAGCAGUUCGAAAGCACGUCAAAGUGCAAGUAGAUAAAUAGGUACCACUCCGGUGGGAAGGUAAACGGCAUUUCCGUGCGCUGCUCUGGUUCGCCAGAAGCGGCUUAGUCAUGCUGGCCACAUGACCCGGAAGCUGUACGCUGGCUCCCUUGGCCAAUAAAGCAAGAUGAGCGCCACAACCCCAGAGUCGGUCAUGACUGGACCUAAUGGUCAGGGGUCCCCUUUACCUUUACCUUUACCUUAUAAUUAUUACCUAUACCCCACUGAUCUGGCCUCCCCAGCCACUCUGGGCAGCUCCCAGCAGAAGAUUAAAAACGCGAUAAAAGACUUGAGUUUUUCAUUAUUUCCUCCUGCUCCUCGCGGGCAGGCCUGAACCGAUGAAUCCAAACAGCAAGAAACUAAAUAUUUGGGAGACAGUGCAACGGACUCCCUCGGAAGGGGGGCAGCCCAGGCAAGAUUUAAGAAUUGCGAGCCCUCCAUCCCCACAUCCGAGGAUUAGGAGGAUAGGUCGCAGGAGCACAGAAAAACUUCAGGCUGCCUAACCUUUUCUUCUGCGGAGAUGGGAGUUCUGUUCCCAAUUCUGCUGAAUUGCAGCCUUCGCCGACCCGGUGGUUUCGAACUAUAACUCCCAUGGGAGUUGUAGCGCGGAACCACCGGACGCCACUGAGUCGGUGAAGGCUGGUGUUUUGAAAGCAGAAGCAUCAGCCUUUCCCAGAGUGGGGCAAAUUCCACCCCGUCUUUUUGCAGAUGGUGGUGUCGUUUCCCCCCUGCCCAGCUCCCUUCAUUUUUUGUGGGGUGGGGAGGGCAUAGUGAGAGCCAUUUGGAGGUCCUGAACUCUUUUCUCCCCCCCUUUUGUGUCUCGGCAGGUCAUCAAGUUCUACGCGGGAGACGGCAAGCCCAUCAACGUCUCUUGCCUGGCAAAGGUAAAAGCCUCUGAUCUGCCACUGCUCUGCCGGUUUUUGUCUCUCCUCCUUCUCUUCUUCCUUGAUUUUUUCUUUCUUGUUCUUUCUCAUUCCAUUUCAUUAACACUCCACUUUCCCCUCUCCUCCUCCUCCUUGUCUCUUUCCAAAAAAAAUAUUCAGAGACCCCGGUCUAAGCACGAGGUAAGGUCUUGCCAAAGCAUUAGAAGAGAAAUCUAGAACCGUUUAGGCAGAUGACCUUUAGCGGAUCCUAGAACCCCGACAGCUUUUGCUUCCUGCUCUUCCUGCAACGCUUCGGGAUAUAGGGGAGAGAACCCAUAUAGGGGGCUGAUCGCCUCUGGCCCGCAAAAGUAGCCUUGCCCUUUGGAAGAACCCAGCAGUCCGCAUUCCCGGCUAGAUUCCCACUCGCCUCCUCUUGCCCAAAACACUUUUGUGCUUGGAAGAAGUCGCUCCAAACCUUCCUGUCCCGCAAUACCUUGUUGGAAGUUUCACGCUGGGAAAAAGGAAGAACUUCUUUAUGCAAAGCAGAGUUAACCUGUGGAACUCCCUGCUACCGGAGGCGCAGGGAUGGCCGCCAAAUUGGAUGGCUUUCAAAGAGGAUCAGGCAGAUUCCUGGAGGAGGAGAGGGCUAUGGGUGGCUCCCAGCCAAGGUGGCAAUGUUCUCCCAUCACAAUCGGAGGCAGGGUUGCUUCUGAAUACCAGUUGCUGGAAAAUGUGGAGGGGAGGAUCUUGCGUUCGAAUCCUGCUUCCAGGCAUCCCCUAAUGGGCAUCUAGGUGGCCACUGUGAGAACAGGAUAAUGGACUAGAUGGGCCACAGGCCUGUUCCUGCAAUUUUGUCUUCUAUCCCCCAACUCGAACCUCUUCGUUGCAAUGUGAAUAUCCCACAAAAGUAUUAAUAUCAAAAGGGGAGACAUUCUCCCCUGGCAGUAGCUAUGAAUAUUGCAGAAUUCUGUUGGGGGUGCCCCCUUUUUUAUAUUUAGCAGGGGUAAAUCCAUAUUGGCUGGGAUAUUUUUUGGAAAUAUCUCCCAGGACACUUCACAGCCUCCUGUGAAAGAAUAAUACUAAAAAAAAUUUGUAAUCAUAAUAAUUUCUUGUACCCUGCCCGUGCGACUGGGCUCCCCCAGCUGCUCUAGUUUGUUAGGGCUGGGGGGUUAUUUUAAAAUGUUGAUUUGUUAGCCUCUAAAUUCAUUGAGCAUUGCUAUAUAGGGGUCACAAAAUCACAUGUAAACAUUUCUCCAGGUGGGUUCCAUCAUUUGGUAUCCCGAUAGACAUCGGGAUAGCUAGCCUACCAAGGGAUGGCUCAAAAAACCCCACCCCAGCGAUAUUUAACAGCUUUGACGAUGCAUUUAAAUACUGCUUGUCAUGAAGUUAAGAACAUGGAGAACUGCCUUGUUAAGUUAUUGAGCAUGAGUCCAUCUGGUUCAGUGCUGGCAGUGGCCCCCCUGAAAUUUCAGAAAAGGGCCUUUCCCCCAGCUUUACCUUCAGAUCCUGUCAGAAAUCGAAUUCGGGACUUUUUGUAUGCAAAGUAGAUGCUCUCCCACUCAGCCACUUUACUUCCUUUACCUCUUGCCUCCUGCAGUAGUUUUUCCCUUUGUGAGUAAUCGAGGCAGCGCAUAGCCUUCUGAAAAACCAGUUCAAACUCUUGCGCCAAGGGAUGUUGACAUUUGCCGCGCCUUCAUGUUAAGCAAUGUCAAACGAUUUCCUUGUUUUUGCAAUACGAGGAAGAGGCGGAGAGGUAGUCCGGGUUCUGAGUAUCUUUUACCUUUCCCUAUCAAAUCAUGGCUCAAUCGCCAGCGCCCAGCUUCUGAGAUCUGUCACCAGACUUGCAUUCAGGUUCAUCUUGUUGAAUUUAUGAAAGCUGGAGCUUCCAGAUGUCUUUGGUUUGAGUGUACAAUUCAGAUUUCCGGAUGGUGCUAGAUCACAGUGUUUUUUCUAAAACACACACACCGUUUUGCUGCUUUUUCAAAAAGAGAAGAAAUUUACACCAACAAUAUCAUUUGAUUUCCCUCUUACUCCCCUCCCACCUUCCCUAACAAAACUUAAAGUUGUCCCGUCAUCGUAAGAUAAUAUAGUGGUACCUCCGGUUGAGAAUGGGAUCCGUUCCGGAGGCCUGUUCACAACAUGAAAAGAGCGCAACCUGAAGCACCGUAUCUACACAGGUGCGCGGCGUGAUUUGGUGCUCGUGCGCAUGCGCGAUUUAGCGCUUGUGCACAUGCGCGAGCGGCGAAACCCAGAAGUAACCCUUUCCGGUACUUCCAGGUCGCCGCGGGACGUAACCUGAAAGAACGUAACAUGAGGUAUGACUGUACAGAGAUAGUGUAAGAAAAGGAUCACAGUCGUGUAAAAUACAGUCUUGAUAGCCCUUGGUUUUGUUUGUUCCUCUUACGUUUUUUGUAAAAAUGGCUGUCUCCCUCCUCUGUUCAUUUAGCCUUUCCUUUGUUCACUUUAUUUUCUUCUUUGUCUCUCCACGCGUUCACUCUGUCUUCUUCUUCUACGUUUCUGUCUUCAGAAGAAAAAAAACCCUAAGGAAGAUCUCAUAGUAAGGACAACGUUGGAUGCGGUUUGGGAAAAGCGGGGCCAGGGGUGGCGGCCUUGGAGGCUGUGUCUUAGUGGGAGGGGAGAUUUUUGAUAAUUGAAUGCACAUAGCGGAUGGCAGAAGAGUUGAAUGGGGCAGCGAGCGAGGACCGGGAGUGGGGGGCAGAAUGACCACUGGCGUAGCCAGGCAAUAGGAAAGGGAGAUAUCACAGUUAGUGAAAGUGAGUUUGGAAUAGUGAGCAUUAAGGUGAAUGGGGGUGGCAUGUUGCUAGCCGCAUGUCAGGGGGGGGGGAGGGAUAAAAUAUAUUUUGACACCCGUCUUUUCUCCUCCCACAGAAAGAGGAGGAUGCCCAGAAACUGGGGGAGAUAGCAAUGUUCCCUCCCAAUGGAAACAUUGACCUAAUGUACUUUCCUUAUUACGGCAAAAAAAUCCAUGUAAGUAUUGCACACUCCCCAAGCCUUUUCUUUCCUCCUCUUCAACCCAAAAGGGUGUUUCUUGGGGCCAUCUUUUGCUAAAGGGAAAGGACUCCUGACAGUUAUUUCCAGUUGCAAAUGACUGGGGUUGCAGCGCUCAUCUCGCUUUACUGGCCGAGGGAGCCGGCAUUUGUCCGCAGACAGUUUUUCCGGGUCAUGUGACCAGCACGACUAAGCUGCUUCUGGUGAAACCAGAGCAGCACACGGAAACGCCAUUUACCUUCCUGCCAGAGCAGUACCUAUUUAUCUACUUGCACUUUGACGUGCUUUCAAACUGCUAGGUGGGCAGGAGCAGGGACCGAGCAACGGGAGCUCACCCCGUCGAGGGAUUCGAACUGCCAACCUUCCAAUUGGCAAGCCCUAGGCUCUGUGGUUUAACCCACAGUGCCACCCGCGUCCCGCCAUCUUUUGCUAAAGGGAUGUACAAAGAUUGGGUGGGAGGACAAAGGUGUGUCGCAGGCUUGGACUAAACAUUUAUUGUUCCAAAGUAGAAAGUGGAAAAGCAUUAAAUCCCAAAAUAGGAGGAAGCUCUUCAAGUAUUCGGCCAUCAUAUUCAACGAUCCGCUUGCAAUAUUAUAUUUCAGAGGGACUGUCGCAUAUCACAUUAUUUAUUUCUAUAGUCCUACAUACCAUUUUGACCCGAUUGCUCCCGCUCACGUUGAUGCGGGAUGUGUGAUUUCCGUUGUAUAUUUUGCCGUUCCUGUGGCUCAUAAACCGCUUUGUAAAUAGCGGUACAGAAAGUCUGUGCACAAAUUAAAAAUGAAACAAGAGCAAUGUUAAAGUGCUAAAGCAUGGGUAGGCAAACUAUCCGGCCCAAUCACCUUCUAAAUCCGGCCUGUGGAUGGUCCGGGAAUCAGCAUGUUUUUACAUGCGUAGAAUGUGUCCUUUUAUUUAAAAUGCAUCUCUGGGUUAUUUAUAGGGCCUGCCUGGUGUUUUUACAUGAGUAAAAUGUGUGUUUUUUAUUUAAAAUGCAUCCCUGGGUUAUUUGUGGGGCAUAGGAAUUCGUUCAUUAUUAUUUUUUUCCAAAAUAUAGUCCGGCCCCCACAAGGUCUGAGGGACAGUGGACAGGCCUCCUGCUGAAAAAGUUUGCUGACCAGUCUCUCCAGUAUUUACCAGCUAGGCAAGAAAUAUAAAUUGAUAUGAUUAUUAUUAUUAUUAUUAUUUAAAUCGGUUUGUGGUUUGGGGGGUUUUCGGCGCUGAAAUUUUCGGUAGAUUUGGAAGCCGCUCACGAGUCGGACUUAACUUUUGUCAACCUGACGCCCUCCGGACGUUUCGGCUGCCGCCUUAAUCCGAGCCCAAAAGCUGCCUUAGUGUUUUUGGAGGAAAAGCGAGAGUUUUGGGGGGCGUGAGACGAGAUCCGUGGGUUGUUUCCCCGGCUGAUUUUUUGCCCCUCGGUCUCCCCCACUUCCGCAGGUGAACUACACGCAGCCCGUCGUGGCCGUCAAAUUCCUCAACCUCACGUUCAACUACGACCACCACAUCGAGUGCAGGGUCAACGCCGCCAACGUCAACACGAACGACGAGCGGGACAAGUUUGCCGGCCGCGUGGCUUUCAAGAUCCGGGUCAACAAAGAAUGAUAGUCCCCCCCAAAUAAAUCCUCGGCCCGUCCUCCCCUCCGCCCCAUCCCCUUGCACCCCAGCACCCUAAAAAAGAAAAGAAAGCUAACUUUUUUCUUCCAUGCUCAGAAGAGGGUGGCGCAUUGAUGUUGAAGGAAGAGCAAGGCGGUUGUGGGGUGCAGGGGGGGCACAUCCUUAACCGUUGCUGUUAGACAAUCCCCGAACCCCGAAAUCGACGGCUUUGCUUCUUCCACCUGCACCCCUUCAUCUGGCCCGCAUUUGCCCCCUUUACCUCUCUCGAAAUAUUUGGGAAUGCUGCUUUGGCUCGUUCUAACGACAUUUUUUCUCCCCCUUCUCACCCCACAUAUGUGGGGAGCUCAGAGGCUGUGAUCCCCCCCAAGCCCAGGUCCCACGAAUCUCCCCCCCCCUUUCCCAUCCCGGAGAUAUUUCCUAAUAUAAUAAUAAAUGUAUAUAGAUAUUUUUUAUAUAUAUUAAAAAUUAAGGUACUGCUGAGUCCUCCGUAUUUUCAUCCUUUUCCAGAGCUCUUUUCCUUCCCCCUCCUCUCACCCCUCGCCAUCUUUUCUACCAGUUUCGCUCCUGCCACGAAACCCUUGUUAUGAAAAUGGCUACGGGGGGCUCCUUGGCCCUAUGGGGGUUAGCGGUGGGCCAUCUUGGUUCCUAAUUUGGGGGGAAUUGCUGCGGUUUGGGGCCUCCGACUGUUGACCGUUGGGAAGCCAUUUUGUCUCGGCCGCUCCGGAAGCUUCCGGCGGCCAUGACUGCGCGGAAGAACGUCAAAAUAUGCGUUAAACAUGGGGUUUUUUUUGAGGGUGUGUGUUGCUGCACUCUCUAAAUACACUUAAGGAAGGAUUAAACCCAAUUAUUCCCUCAGAAUCUUGGCCACCGAGCGAAAUGGCUGCACUCUCUCAGUUCUGCAUGAUGGACAAAAUGGCCGCCGCUCUGUUUUUGGAUGGCAGCCAUUUUGCUGCUGGCCGGUCCUCUCAGUAAAUCAGUAAACCCUUCUUCCCGGUUUUAGAAAGUGCAGAAUCUGUGGCAACCGUCCAAAACGGCUUCAGGGGUUGAAGCGUCCCCGUUCCCCCCUUUAACUACUUUUGACUUCUGUGUGGCAAUAGCUUGCCAUCUCUCUCUUGACUUGCAAGCAGCUCUUUUUUAAAAAAAAUGGCAGACAAAAGGCUUUUUUUGGGCAUGGCGGCUGUUCUGAUUCCCUCGCAGAGGAAACGGUCGCGGCGGCUGUGAAAAACGAAGCUUGUCAGUCUUAAUUGUCUCACCCCGCCAUCCCUCUUUUAUUCCCCCUCUCUCUCUCUCUCUCUUCUAAAUAGGAUCUACUCUGACCCUGUUCGUCCUUUAGUGUACAGUUGUUUUAAUCUGUUAUAAUAGUGGCACACAUUGCACUAAGAUGAUGAUAGAAAAGAAAUUUUAAAAAACGAAACAAAACCACUGGUUCUGCCAUAGUUGAGGGGGAAAUAUUGACUGAACCCAAUAAUGCCUCUUUAGUCACUUUAAUUAACCGAUGGAGUUUUUUUUAUUUUACUUUUGUUUUCUCUUAGAUUCUCGCUUGCCUCAUCUCUCACUUCCUGUUUAAUAAUUUGUCGGAAGAACAGAAGCGUUGUUUUAAAACGAAAGCGAACUUUAAUUUUUUGGCAAUGGGUGUU